AUGUCUCUCAAGAAGGAGGGUAAAGCCUUGCGCGCCUGCAAAGGAUGUCUUUUCUUGCAGAAAGGCAGCGAAUUCAUGGCGAAAGGGUGUCCCAACUGUGAGGAUGUUCUCCAGGUGAGUGGAUCAGUACGGAUCUCAGAUGAAGAGAAGAGGAUCAGUGUUUGCAAGAGCGAGGACGACCGAUGGAAUGACGCCGCCAGACAAGUGUGUGCGGUUUCGUACCGCUGGAGUCCCACGGACUUUGGAGGUGGCUAUUUGUGCGAUCUCGAAGCGCCACGCUGCGGCAUCCAAUCUGCGUCACCCAUUCCAAUCUCAAUUGCAGCACCAGCGCAUAUGCUCAUCAUUCCGAUCCUUGCUCCCGCCUCGUCGACAACGCAUUCAUCCGCGUCCCGCGAAUCGACUACCAACAGAUGCAACAGAGCCGAGACGCCGUGGAGGACUAUACGACCACUCAAUUCGAGGGCGGCGCGGCUAUUAUCUCGCCUCGUGAGAGCUGGGUCGCGCGCUUUAUGCGUCUCGGUGAGUUUGGCUCUCACCGUUGAACUCCCGGUCGGAGCUUCGACUGGCGACAUUGCGGACUGGCAAGGCAUCCGGCACGUGCUGAUCAGGAACUCCACUUAUUUCCCUUUGCGAUUUGGACAUGCAGAUCGCAAGAUACCUGGGAUGUACGCGAUGAGCUGCUCCGCAAAGCUGCCAGCGGAGAAGCAGGCUCAGCUUGACGGGACCGCCUGA